AUGGAUGUUGGGACAUCUAGAGGAAUCAGCUCAAGUAUUAGAAGAAAACUUUCUAUUUUACUCGAAACUUUGAGAAAAGAUCCUAAUUUUGAAUUAUUUAUUUACCCUAUUGAUCCUGCUAAAGAUGGAUGUUUAGAUUACUUUGAAGUUAUUCAAAUUCCAAUGGAUCUAAUCACAGUUUCCAACAAACUUUUGGAUGAUCAAUACAAAAAUAUUAAUGAAAUAUAUCAGGACAUUAUAUUAAUAUUUUCUAAUUGCAGAGAAUACAACACUUCUCCUUUAUGCGCAAAUAUUAUUGAUUUAUGUAAUAAAUCAGAAAAAAGGUUUCUACUUGAAUGGACUAAAUUGGGAUUUUCUGAUAAAUCUACUAAAAAGAGACUAGAAGAAUUAUCUAGAGAAACCAGUAAAAGUUCAAAAUCAAAUAUUAGCCCCUCUUCUUCAAACAGUAAUAACAAUCAUUGUAAUAAUGGAGAUGGUUCUAAUAAUCAUCAUAAUCAAUAUAAUUCUAAUAAUGUUAAUAGUAAUAGUAAUACUACUAAUAGUAAUAACAGCCAUAUUAAAACAAGCACAAAAAAUGCAAAGCCACGGCCAUCCUCAUCAUCCUCAUCUUCUUCUUCUUCUUCUUCUUCUUCUUCUUCUUCUUCCUCCUCCUCCUCCUCUUCCUCUAAAGCCAAUGCUAAUAGAGUUAUCUUAAAAAUUGAUAAAGAUAAUAUUUCUUCUAAUACGACCGAAAUUAAUAAUGGCAACAAAAGACACAAAAGCGAAGCUAGUAAAAAAUUUGCUAGUAGUAAUAAUAAUAUUAUCCCUCUUAAAAAAAGAAAAGAUAAUGAUUAUUCUGAAUCUUCUAGCUUUAUUAACAAUACACUUAUUGCUUCAAAUAAACAAAUUGAAAAUAAUACUUGUAAUAGUAAUUCUAACUUAAAUGUUUCAAAUAGUACAUAUUCUGAUCCUGAUUGGAAAAGUGAAUGUUUAAGAAUACUUAAUUUACUUAGAAAAGAACAUAAUUCUUUUCUUUUUGAAAAUCCCGUUCUUGAAAGUAAUGAUCUCACAGAAGAAACGAAAAAAAGAUACAGGGAAGUUAUUCCGGAAGCCUGUGAUUAUAUCACUAUUGAAAAAAGGCUUACUAAUAAUACUCAAAGUACUGUUUGUAGUAAUAAUAAUAAUAAUAAUAACAAUACUCCCUUAAAAAGGCACCCCUCUAAUCAAAAAAGAAAAAGCUCAUCUUUAUCAUCUUCAAACUCUAGUAAAUAUUUAAAAACAAUUCAAACUAUUGAUAAUCCACAUGAAUUUGAAAGACUAAUCAAAUUAAUUUUUUCAAAUUGUAUGAUUUUUAACCCCAACUCUGGAGAAUGUAAGUGGAUUUAUGAUUCUGCUAAACAAUCACUUAAUAAAUUCAAUAAUUUAUGGAAUAAAUCUAAUGUAUUUCUUCUUUAUUCUAACUCUUGUCUUUCAACACAAAAUUACAUUGAUAUUAAAGAUAAUCAAAGUGAUACUAGUAUCGGAUUUAGUAUUGCUACAACAACUAAUAAUAAUAAUAAUAAUCUGUCUCGACCUAAUUUUAUUAACCAAUCUUCUAAUCAGAAUAACUUAAUUAAAAAUAAAUUAAAUACAAGCUCUAGAAAUAUGAUUUCUUCAUUUAAUAAAAUUAUUACUCAAUGGAAUAAUUACUCUAUAAUUUGGAGACAAUUUAUUCUCAAUAAAAAUAAUAAUAAUUCCAGAUCUUUACAAACUAUAAAUACCGACAUUGAUGUAGAUACCAAUACCGACACCAAUAUCAAUAACGGUACCAAUAUCAAUACCAAUACCAAUACCAAUACCAAUACCAAUACUAGAAAAACUUCAAGAUCAAAUAAAAAUAAUACCAUUAAUAAAAUCUUGUUUAAAAUUAACCCAAACAGUAAAAUUUUAAAUUAUAAAUGUAAUCAUAUUAAAGAAUUAUUUGAUUUUAGUUCAAGUAAUGAAGAUAUGUCAGAUAUUUCUACUAAUUAUGAUUUACAAAUUCAUCAAAUUAAUAAUAUAAUUUUUAAUUCAAAUAAUAAUAUAGAAUUAACUUUAAAUCAUGAAAAUACUGAAUACAUUUUCCCAUUAAAAGUUUACGAUUCUAAUUUUAUUAAAUAUAAUCAUAAUAUUAUUAAUAAUACAAGUUUGAGUAACCAUAAAAUGAUUAUUAAAUUAAUUAAUAAUUCAAAAAUAUAUAUAUAUUGCUUCAAAGAAAAUUUUGAAGGUAUUAAUAAUCAUAAUUAUGUUAAUUCUAUCUCAAAUUAUAAUUAUUUUGCUUAUACUAAUAAUGAUGAAUUAAUUAAUAAAUAUAUUGAAUUAAAAAUUAAAAUUCCAAAAUCAAUAAAUGAUUUUAUUAUUCCAAUGAUUAAAGAAUAUUAUAUUAAUAAUAUAUCCAUUUUAAAUGUUAAUAUUAUUAUUAAUGAUAUUGUUAAAGAUGAUUUAAACUCAAUUAUUCAAGUUUAUUUUGGUGAUAUACUUUAA